AUGGCCGUGGGCUGCACCACCGAUGCCCAUCCCCUCUACCCCAUCUUCAUGGGAUGCCUGUCUGCCUGCAUCUUUGAGUGGGAUGCUGGAGACCUCAGCCUUUUGCGGCAGGCAAAGAAAAAACAGCUGAUGCAGGAGGGUGUGCCAGCUCUUACUGACAUCCUGGUGGACAGGAGCAUCAGUAAAAAAGAGCUAAGUCUUUACUGCCGUAGGAGGACACGAGGUGAGGAGGCCACCAUCCACCUCAUUGAGAGGCUGCUGCAGGAGCUGGGUGGUGCAAAUGGGAGGGACCUUAUGGGUGUCCCACUGCUGGAAGAGGUGCGCAUGGAGCACAUCUGGCGUGUGCAGAAACGCCAUGUCAAGUGCAUCCAGGAUGUGCCGGGUGUGCCUCUAUACACUGAGAUGAGCACUAAGCCAAAAAGCCACAAGGCCAUGGGAGACGGCGAGUGGAUGGCCAGGUUGAGGACUUUUGCCCGCUGUGGGGUUUGGCCUUCUGGAGAAGGCAACAGACCAGCCCCAAGGCAACGGAAGUGGUAUGACCUCUACCAGAAGAUUGAGAAAUGCCCCAUGCAGGCCCAUGGGCAGACCACCCUCUUUGGAGGCUCCAUGGCCUGCAAUUGUGGAUUCCACACUAAUAAGUCUGCCACUGCCACUCACUCUUCUGCUGCACCUCUUGCUGCUUCCGAUACGGCUCCUGAAGCGGCUGCUUCUGCCCAACCCUCAUUCCUGAGGCCUCCUCUAAAUUUGACUAUGUUCAAUAAGUCACGCUUUGGCGGGUCCAAGUCGACGAUGCUAAAACCCAACUUAGUGGAUCGGAGGACCCCCAGCCCCUCUCCUUCACCCUCUGCAUCCUCAUCUUCUCUUCCCAGCCCCUCUCCUCCUUCAUCCGUGAGGACUCAGGCUAUGUCCUCUGUGAGGACUGCCGCCACUCCUCUAUCCUCUGUGAGAAGCUCCACCACUUCUGUGUCUUCUGUGAAGACCACCAGUCCCUCUCCUCCAUCCUCUGAAGGAACAGCUAGGCCUUCUCCUCCCAGCACCUCUCCCGCUCCAUCCUUUGUGAUGACCCCCAGCCCAUCUCCAUCCUCUGAGGAGCCUGGAGGAGUCCAGCCAGCCACUGGGGCCCCAGCUUCUUUCUGGCUGCCAGGUGAAUGGCCCAAGACCAUCCCUGUGCAGGACCAGAGGUGGAUUGCCAGCACUAUUUUCCACGCUGGCAAGCUGCGGCCCGAUUUGAAGCUGUGGUAUGAGCCGCCUGUCCCAGCUCUCAUUUAUCACCAGACACCUACACCUGACCGUUUCUUCACCCAUCGGUUGAUGGUGUGGAUGCCCUACCACCUGUGGAAGGUGAAUGUUUUCUGUCCAGCUUGUGGCAAGAACCUGACAGGCUAUGGUGUCCACAAAAGAGCUCGGAAGGUUCUGGACAUCGACAGGUACUACGUGAUGGUGACAGAGACACUCAGGUGCACUGUGUGUUCUCUGAACUAUCUGUCCACUAGCCAGACUGUCCGGGACCAGCUUGACCUGCCGCACCAGAAAAUGUUCCGGCUGAUCCUGACCCGCAAGUAUGCCUGUGACAUCCGUGUCAUUAGGCUGCUUCGGGACCGGACACUGGGCAACAGCCCAGCUCGUUUGGUGCGGCAGUUAAAAGAGAACCAUGGGGAGGAAUGGCUAAAUCGGUUGGCACACUAUCUUGGGGAGUGUGCUGACUUUGUCGAUCGACCCAGCCUUUCUCCGGUGGUCUGCCAGGAGCCUCCAGAGCCAAUUGAGAUCCCCACCAGUCGUUGGCUGCUCUCAGUGUACGGCAGGGAUAUCCUCUCCAGAAUUGGACACAUAAAGGCCAGCAUCACAUCCAUCUAUGGCAAAAUCUUAAAGAUGGAUUCCACAAAAAAGAUCACAAAGAAGCUGGCUGGUCAUGGACGGGGGACAGCACUCUGGUUAACCUCAAUUGGAAAUGAGGUUGGCCAGAUAGUGACCAGUGUGCUGUCAGUGCAAGAAGGGCCGGGACUGGACAGGAUGGCGACCGGUGUAAUGGAGCGGUACCGCCAGGCUGCCAUUCCACCACCGGUGCUGCUUUAUGUGGACUGUGGCUGCUGUGUGAGUGAGGGAGCAACAAGCAAGCUGCAGACCAGGUUCGGCAAGUGGCCAGACCUUCAGAUACGUCUGGACAUCUGGCACUUCAUGAGGAGGAUGGCCGUGGGCUGCACCACCGAUGCCCAUCCCCUCUACCCCACCUUCAUGGGAUGCCUGUCUGCCUGCAUCUUUGAGUGGGAUGCUGGAGACCUCAGCCUUUUGCGGCAGGCAAAGAAAAAACAGCUGAUGCAGGAGGGUGUGCCAGCUCUUACUGACAUCCUGGUGGACAGGAGCAUCAGUAAAAAAGAGCUAAGUCUUUACUGCCGUAGGAGGACACGAGGUGAGGAGGCCACCAUCCACCUCAUUGAGAGGCUGCUGCAGGAGCUGGGUGGUGCAAAUGGGAGGGACCUUAUGGGUGUCCCACUGCUGGAAGAGGUGCGCAUGGAGCACAUCUGGCGUGUGCAGAAACGCCAUGUCAAGUGCAUCCAGGAUGUGCCGGGUGUGCCUCUAUACACUGAGGUAGGCACCACCACAAAGGCAGGGGUCACCCUGACUAGAUAUCGGUGUGCCAGAGGGUCCACAUCCCUGGAGUCUUUUCACUGCCACCUAAACAGGUUCAUUCCAGGAACCAGUGCAAAUGCACUGAAUUUCCAGCUGUACCUGCUAGAAGGCUUGAAUAGGUGGAAUCAGGAUCGGGCGGCUGCAUCAGUGACCAGCAAAUCAGCAUCCCUUCUCACCUACUCCGGGGAUAUGGCCCACUGUGUCAACACCAACAGCCUGAAGGUGUUUGGUCGGCCUUUUGUGCCAACUUUCAGGCCACCUGCUGAAUACACUGGAGAGCUGCUUGGUGUUGACUACCUGCUGAGUCAGACCGGACAGCCCCUGGCGGUGGACCCUGACUCAGAAGAGACAGAGAACAUGCUGGAGGAUGUGGAUGAAGGCGAGGAUGAAGAAGAUGAGGGCUUCGGGGAAGACCAUGACAUUACUGUGUCAAGUCUUACCGAUGACCCAAGCUUCUCUGUCUCCUCCCAUUUUCUGCCCUCCUCUGAGUCUCUCUCCUCCACCCAGCCUGCUGCCUCCUCCACCCUGGCUGCUGCCUCCACCCUGCCUGCUGCUUCCUCCACCCAGCCUGCUGCCUCCUCCACCCUGGCUGCUGCCUCCACCCUGCCUGCUGCUUCCUCCACACUGCCUGCUGCCUCCUCCACCCUGGCUGCUGCCUCCACCCUGCCUGCUGCUUCCUCCACACUGCCUGCUGCCUCCUCCACCCUGGCUGCUGCCUCCACCCUGCCUGCUGCUUCCUCCACACUGCCUGCUGCCUCCUCCACCCUGGCUGCUGCCUCCACCCUGCCUGCUGCUUCCUCCACCCAGCCUGCUGCCUCCUCCACCCUGGCUGCUGCCUCCUCCACCCAGCCUGCUGCCUCCUCCACACCAGGCAUUGGAUAG